AUUUAGACUUAAACAUUAAUGUAUAGCAAUCCAAUUCACGCAUGCGGCGUGAAAGAAAAGCAUUCCUCUCUUUAUUAGUUAUCAGCGCUGGCUGAUAUGUGGUUUUCAGUAAUCAUGUGACGCAAGUGAGAUCAACACCAAUGUUUUUUGCUUUAAGAAGAAUUUAAAACACAAUUUAGUUCGCAGUUCGGUUAGAAAACAUAAUGGCCUCGUCAUCACCAAAAUGGUUUUAUGCAGGAAAUAAAGAUACUUGGUACCCGUUUGAGCCUCGGACGCAAGCCUUUUUGGAAAGCAAAAAGCAGGCAAAUGCACAAAAAUGCAAACUCACAAUAAACAACGAACUUUACGACAUCGACCUUGAAAAAAUGAAACAAACGAAAAGGUCGGACCCGACGAGGGUGAGGAAAAUCAAGCGGGAGAUCAGCCCUUCUCAACCGAUUUUGACGACAGUGACUUCGAAUCCCAUGCUUUCGCCUUUCGCUACUACGGCUGCACCUAGUGUGAUUGCACAGAUACAAACUCCUCCAGUAACAGUGCACGUUGCACCACAGGUGGUAGCAGUGGCCGCGGCCACCCCAAUUGUAGUUAUUCCAACCAAAUCUCAAAACAACGUUGUCGCACCCGCUACAGCCACAGUAGCAGACCCAAAUACUAAUAAUAUUAAUACACCUGACAGUUCUUACGUGUGGUAUUUCGAGGAUGAAAACGGAGUGAGGACAAAGUACAACGAAAUGCUCCAAAAGGAGCUGGAAAAAUGCUUUAUCGAGGGGAAAGAGGAACCUGUCAAGACUAAUAUCGAUUUUGAUCAUUGCAUAAUCAAUCUAAAAGAUAUGAAGCAGACUAGACUGAAGGUCAUGAAUGUUAUUCGAGAACCUAUUAGCCCUCCACCCCACGAUUUUCCAACUUCUCAUCAACCUGUGCCAUUGAGUGCGAGCACAGGUGUAGCUGCUCUGCCAUUAUUGCAGGACUGCUCUUCCUCGGAGAAAUGGUAUUACAAGGAAAAAGGAGUUUGGAUAGAGCAUGAGCCGCUGAUCCAAUCACAGCUGACUAAAGACUUUGAAAAUAAAACUGGUAGAAGUUACUUUAUAUUCAACGGCGAACCAUUUGUUGUUGACUUUGCACGCAAGCGCCAAGUCAAUACUAAGACUUUGCAAACAAAAGUGAUAAAAUUAGAAUAAUUGGACAUACGAUGCCACCACAAAUUGAAUGGAUAAAGAAAGCCAUACGAGAUAUUUAGUUGUUUCGUCAUAACAUUUUCGCAAAAAUUGUAAAGUGGCUCGCACGUAAAUGUAAAAUGUAUGCGUCUAAAAAAACAAACCUCUUUUUGUAAUAAAUCAA